AUAAAACGCUAGAGAGAAGAAGAAAAUACUUAAAAGCCGCAGUUGUCUCUGAAAGUCUCGAAUUAAGAUUUAGGGUUUCAAGUAGUCGACAUAAUGGGAGUGUUUACGUUCGUGUGCCGGAGCUCCGGCAAAGAUUGGAGUGCCAAGCAACUCUCCGGCGACCUCGAAGCCUCGGCUGGCUCUACUUACGAGUUGCAGAGGAAGCUCGUCCAAGAAGCCCUGUCCUGCGACUCCUCCGGUGGUGUGCAGUCCUCUUUCUCUCUCAUCACUCCCACAUCCGCUGUUUUCCAGGUGAUUGUUGGUGGAAGCAUUGGAGGUGGAAUCAUUGGGGGUGGUGGAGCUGCAGCAGCAGCUCCUGGAGGGGGUGGUGCCCCAGCUGCUGAAGCACCUCCAGCUCCUGAGAAAAAGGAAGAAAAAGAGGAGAGUGAUGAUGAUAUGGGAUUCUCACUCUUUGAUUAGUACAUCUUUCUAUACGAUGUACCCUCACUUUUAUUCAAGUCUGUUUUAUCUCUAGAAUUUUUGAUAGUUUGAAUUGAGAACUUGUGAAUUUAUGGAGAUUUCUUGUUUACCUCAUGGUUAACGUUAUUUUAAAGAAAGGUUGUUCCUCAUGGUUAUCUUGUUUUCAAAUAAAUAAUUGUGUCAAAAAAUUUCUGCCAA